AUGCUUUUUAAGUUUGUCUGUAAUUUCGGAAACGAUUGUAUGAUUGAAGUGAAUACGAGACGAUUUUGUAUUAAGUGUCGACUCGAUAAAUGCUAUGCUAUGGGAAUGAAUGAGGCUUAUAUGUUGACGGAAGAGGAGAAAAGUUACCGUAAAUUAAAUGGCAUUAGAAAUAGGAAAUGGAAACAAAAACCGAAAGUAUCCGACAAUACGGUUGACUCGACCACACAAACCAAAAAUAAUCAAAUUUCGAGUUUAAGCUAUACUUCUCACACAAACACUGGACACUCAACUAUGGAUAUCGAGAACAGAGUCACUACACAAACCAUUGUUGAAUGCUCUUCUAAUCCAUUGUUAAACUCAGUCAUACCUAUCAAUAGACCGCUUAUGGACUACAGAAACCAAUUCAAUGAAUUAGAAGGUAGUAAACUACAGGAGCUAUUGACAGCCAAAUUGAUAUAUACUGAGAUAUUUAAACCAAUAUCUGGGCAAUCAAUGGGAGAUCUGACCACGAUCCAUUUCAAGGAACUUAAGCCUCAAUUAUUGGAGAGAAUUAACGUAGAUUAA